ACCCAAGGGAGUGUUUUACUGGUAUUCAAACACAGAGCUGCUGAUCAAAUGCUUGAUGCUGCCCCUGAAUACAGAGAUGCCAAUACCUGCCUGCACGUGGUGCUUAGGAGUUGAUGGUCAACUGUUAAAACAGAAGAGAUGAUUAUGAGUCAGUGUAAAACGGUUGGUGGGUACAUUCAACACACAAAGAUAAAAUGUGAGGAAGAAAUCAAGGUAACCUCCACGAGUCCAGAUAAAGCACCUUUGUCAAAGAGUCUGUUAUUAGUCCCAAGUGCCAUCUCGAUUCUGUUGACUCUGCUCUUCCAACAUUAUCAGAAGUUCUUUGCGUAUAACCUACAAGCUAUAAAAGAGGAUUUUCAGAUUUGGAGACUUGUAUGUGGGAGAGUGAUAUGCCUUGAUCUGAAAGACACAUUCUGCAGCAGCCUGCUCAUUUACAACUUCAGAAUAUUUGAAAGAAGAUACGGCAGCAGAAAAUUUUCAUCCUUUCUACUGGGUGCUUGGAUGCUGUCAGCUUUGUUUGAUCUUCUCCUUGUAGAAGCUGCUCAGUAUGUAUUUGGCAUCACCAUCAACAGCUUGCCUUCUGGUUUCGCCAGAUCCAUUGUCAGCAUGACUGAGAAGUGGCUUACAGUGCACAAAUUAGCACCAUAUUUAUUUUUGUUCAAUAAACCUGUAAAUGAAAUCAGCUUGGGUCCCGUGUUUGCUCUGUUUGUACCGUUCUAUUGCUCCAUUCCAAGAGUGCAGGUGACACAAGUACUAGGCUUUUUUUCUAUUACAAACAAGACAUUGGUCUAUAUACUGGGUUUACAGCUCUUAACCUCUGGUUCCUACAUCUGGAUUUUAGCCUUAAGUGGAUUGAUUUCUGGGAUUUGCUACAAUAGCAGUAUAUUAAAAGUUCAUCGAAUUCUUUGUGUACCCAGCUGGGUAGCAAAGAUAUUUUCCUGGACUCUUGAACCAAUCUUCUCGUCUGCGGAACCAACGAAUGAAAUCCGAGUGGGAAUGGGAGCAACAGUCGACAUCCAGAGGCAGCAGAGAAUGGAGCUCCUGGAUCGACAAAUCAUGAUGUCUCAGGUUGCCCAAAUGAGGAGACAAAGGCAGCAGCAGGGUGGGAUGAUUAACUGGAAUAGACUGUUUCCUCCUCUACGUCAUAGACACAAUGAGAAUUACCAAGAUCAUCACCCAUCUGAUCAAGACACACCUCCACCUACUGAGGUUUCUGAAGAACAGGUUGCACGACUUAUGGAGAUGGGAUUUUCCAGGGGAGACGCUCUGGAAGCUUUGAGGGCUUCAAAUAAUGACUUAAAUGUAGCCACUAAUUUUCUACUGCAGCACUGAUGAUUAUGUGAGCGAUGAAGGAACUCUCCCCGUGGGUUUGUAUGCUCCCGAAGGGGACACAGCCACCUGCUGGACAGACUGAUGCAGGUCGGCCCUGCCGAGCCGGCAGGAAGGAGAAGUGGGCUCCGCGUGACUGCUUAGUGAAUGACGUGAGCUGUUCCCAAGCCUUCGAAUCAACCGGUGGUUUCUAUUCUGGUUAUCCUUUUCAAAGUAAAUUUAGUUUCUACUUAUUA